CCCCACUUCCCCCUGUGGCCCUGCCCUCGCCUUCGCCUCCCUCCCACCGCGAUGGCCGCCGCGCCGCCGUCCCCGCGGCCGCCGAGGGCGCACCGCGACGGCGGAGACGCCCCCAUCUCCCUCUUCAUCGAAACCGACCUCGGCACCCGCCUGGCGAUGCUCGUCGCCCCCGACACCACCAUCCGUGGCCUAAAGUCGCAGGUGAAAGCGGAGCACGCCGCCGCCUUCCCCGACCUUGGCCCCGUCGCAGUCAAGUCUUUCCAGGUCCGGCGGAAGGGUGUACUGUAUCACCUAUCUGAUUCAAUGACAGUGACAAGUGCCUUCACCAAAAUCAAAGGUGGGUGCUUUCUUUAUGUCAAGAUGGCAGAGGCAGCAGCAGCCACACUCUGCCACGAAGAUGAUGGAAGGAGAUCAAGUGGUAGUCAUCUUGGAAUUCCUGUAAGGAAGUGUGUUCAGGAGCUGCCUGCAAUGACAUCAAAAAUUACUUGUGAUGGGCUUCCUCAAAGGCUAGAAGGUGGUGAUGCUGCUGCAGCGUUGAAUGACGUUCAAACACAUGAUGCAUUACCAUCCUCAUCACAGCUAAAUACUGAAAUAAAGAAGAAAGAAGCAAGUGAUACAGAAGCAGGAUCUGAUCCAGUUAUAGAGGAAGCAAAGAGUCGCAGUAACCAGAUAAAAUAUGCUAAUCAAACUGAAGGUGCUUAUAUUAGUUCCAAAUCAAUAUCAAAUGUUGGUAAACCUUCAAAUCAGAGCGAUGUGUCACAUGUUGGUGCCGGAGAUUUGACUAAAUCGAGUAGAGCUCCACUGGAAGCAGGCAUAAAUACUUUUUUCCGGCAAGAAGUUCAAGACACUGUUGGAAAGAGGAGGAGGAGGAGAAAUCGUCAAUUGACCCCUUCCAUAGCUGCUGAUCAAGAAACAAGCGUACCAUCAGCUGUGGUUAAGGAGUUAUCUAUAUCCACAGGUGAUGCAUCUAAUGUUGAAUUGACAGGCAGAGAUGAAACUGCAGUCAAAGCAUCUGGUUUGCCUCUUUCAUCAUCAGGACUCAAUGAUGGAAACCAGGGGGGCAAACAUGUUCCGUUUAUGAGCGAUGCUCAGGCAUCUACUGAUGUAAUCUCUGAACAAGGGAAAUUUGAUAAAGGAUGUAGAAGCCCUUCCGUUCGAGAUGCCAUUUAUUCCGCAGGUGAAGUUGUAGCUAGUGAAGAAAAAACUUCAAAAGGAAGUAUCACCCCAUGUGAUGGAGAUGAGAAGCAUGAACAAAUAAAACAACAUGAUGAGGGAGGUCUUGAUAAAGGUGUAGCUGAAAUAAGAAACACGGUGAAACAUGGGAAAAGUAUAGAUGCCCUGAAUAAGAGGCGGAGAAAGGAUAACACUUCACCAUUGAAGAAGCACAAGAGAGCAAGUAAGGCUAGUUCUGCUGACUUGGGUUCCAUGAAUACUACUCAUGAGAAGGAGAUGCAUGGGUAUCAAGAGAAUGCAGCUAGAUCAGGUGCAGUUUCUGCUGAAAGGGUGAUUCUCUAUGACCCUUCUACGCAACAGAUCUCAAACAAUGUGCAACAAGGGGAUUCAAAUAUAACAGAGAAUUCAACUGGUGAUCGUAAGAAAAAGAAAACAAGACGACAGCACUCAGAAUCGUCAAAGGGUGUUGAUCCUAGUCAAGAUCUGACAACAUCAUCUGCAUUUGUUAAGAAUGAAAGCUCGAUGCAAGUUGUAGCUAGUGAAGAAAAAACUUCAAAAGGAAGCAGCACCCCAUGGGAUGGAGAUGAGAAGCAUGAACAAACAAAACAACAUGACGAUGAAGGUCAUGUUAAAGGUGUAGCUGAAAUAAGCAACACGGUGAAACAUAGGAAAAGUACAGAUGCCUUGGAGAAGAGGCGGGCAAAUGAUAAUACUUCUCCGCUGAAGAAGCGCAAGAGAGCAAGUAAGGCUAGUUCUGCUGACCUUGGUUCCAUGAAUACUACUCAUGAGAAGGAGAUGCAUGGCUAUGAAGAGAAUGCAGCCAGAUCACGUGCAGUUUCUACCGAAAGGGUAAUUCUCCAUGACCCUUCUAUGCAACAGAUCUCAAACAAUGUGCAUCAAGGUGAUUCAAAUAUAACAGAGAAUUCAACUGGUGAUGGGAAGAAAAAGAAAACAAGACGACAGCACUCAGAAUCUUCAAAGAGUGUUGAUCCUAGUCAAGAUCUGACAAAAUCAUCUGCAUUUCUUACAAAUGAAAGUUCGAUGCAAGUCACAGAUGUUGCUCCCCUGGAUACAAUACAAACAACCUCAUGCAGUAUAGGAGCAACAGUUAUUGACCACAAGAAGCUUGGUGAAAACCUUGAUAUAGCGGCAAAAAAUGUGAUUGAUGAGGUUUUGGCAGAUCUGAGAUCUAAAGACAGCUUAAGUAUGGAUUUGGAUGGAGAUAUGUUAACAGGAAAAACUCACCUAGGCGGCAAUAAUAAUGAACUAGAACAUCCUGAAUCCACAGCGGAUGAAGUUGGUGUCAAUACUGCAUUACCUCUGAAAUAUCCUGCAGCAGGUCACUCUGAUGUUUCUGCCAGCUCACCGAGACUUAAGAAGUCUAAGAGGGAAAAGUUGAAAGUGCUAUCAACAAUGAUUGACUCAUCUCAUCAUUCAAACGGUGUACCUGAAGAAGAUGCUAAUAAAGAAUUAAAUGAGUCUGAUUCUUUGAGGUUUUCUGACAAAACAAGUGACCCUAAGGAUAUUUUGACUGGAGAUGUCGUUGCACAAGCUGGUGAGAAACCCAAAGCCACUAAGCGCGGGGAAAAGAAGCUUUCCUUAAAGAAGGUAUCUGUAGAUAGUGGUAAAACUUUGGAUGAGCGAGUCAGUCAGGUUGAUACAUUAGACUUGAAGGGAAUGAAUGCUACACGAGCAAAUUUGGUUCAAGGAGGUUCUGUAGUUCAAACUCCUUUGAGUACUACUGGAAAAGUAGAGCAGAAAGGCAGAAGGUCUUCCAAGACUCACACUGCUAAAAUACAAGAAACUAAUUGUUCUACCCUUGGGCUGGAUAGUCAGUUAUCUAAGGACACCCAGGAUGAGUAUGUGACCCAUGUCAUUGGGACCUAUAAUAAUGAAAAUGCAGCAAUAACUCCAAAAGAAAUACCUGUAGUUCAGAAAGAUGAGGCUUUGAAAUCCUCCGGCCCUAAUGCUCAAAAAGCAAGGAAAAAAAUUUCAAACUCUAAACUUCAAAGUUCUGAUUCAGUCCUGGAACAUGGUUCCAGUGCAGAUUUGGAGCACCCCGGGUCUGAGAAGGGUCUGGUCAGCCCUAAAAGUUCUGUUGUUGCCGCUGAACCAAAUUCUGAUAGUGUUAUUCAUCCUGCUAGUGAUGCAAUCGAUUUCCUUGAUUAUUUUAGCUCCAGCAAGAUGAAUGAUCCUCCAAUUUCUGCAGAACACAAACAAAAUAAUGUGGAUGAAACUUUAAGGGAAGUGAAGAACAAAAAGAAAAACAAAAGAAAGCUAAGCACUGGUAGCAUUGAACCAAAUGAUGUUUCCGAAUCUCUUCUUCCCACAGACAAAACUAGCUUAACUGGUCAUUUUGGUACCAGCAAAGCUGAUAUACCUUCUGUUGCAGCAGAAAACAUGAACAGAGAAGAUGAGAAUGUGAAGAACGGAAAGGAUAAGAAGAGAAAAGCGAAAGCGAAUACGGAAAUGCCUGUUGCUGAAAAGGAAAAUCCAAACUGUGAUAAUCAAGGCUAUAUUGGUACCCAAGAAUCGCUUCUUUCUGCUGUACAAAAUGGAAGGAUGGGUCAGGACAAUGGAAAAGAGAGCAGCACUAAAGUUACUCAGAAUGACAGUAAAGUACACUUCGAGCCAGAAGAUGCCACUCUUGAGAAUAAGAGCGAACAUAGUGGUGUUGAUGGUCAAAACGAGUUACUCACGGAUAAGGAUCAUGUACAUAUAAGCAAAGAUGUGAGGAAGUCGACUUCUCAGAUAAAGCCCCAUGCUAAGAGUAAGAAUGAUGAGUCUAUCAAGCAAAGGGUCGCUUCAAAUCCUAAGCCUGUAAGCAACCUUGUGAAGGACUUCUCCAUGAGUCCACAAGUGUCAGGUGACAGCACAGAGCACAUACCUCAAAGUGUUAACCGACAUAGAGUUGCAGUACGGAAAGUUCCAAGUAAAAGGUAUGAACAGACCAGGCAGAAAUCCAAAAAGGAGAAUAGGGAGCUAGGCUCUGCAAUAUUCAAUGAUGCUAACAGUGAAGGCUCUGAUGAUGAAUUGGACACCAAGGACAAUAAGGCUGUCAUGGAAGCAUCGCCUGAUAAUUCAUCUACAUCUGCUGAUUCAGGUAUUUCAUCUGAAGCCUCUGAUGAAAGCGAUGUUCCCGAUGAUGCUGAUGGCACUCUAUCCUUAUCUCAGAAGAGACUCAAAGAAGGACUGCACAUCAGCUCCAUUCUUCGAGGUACCAAUAGCUAUAAGAAGGCGAGGAAGAAGCGAUUGGAGCUGUUGGAUGAUGACACCGUGGUGCCUGAUAGCCAGCCUGGGGAUGGCCUUUGGGAUUGAGCCUAACGCUUACGAGAAGCACUGUCCCUGGUUCAAACUUUUGCCUCUAUCCACCUGAUGCAGUGCAAGUUUUAGGUGAGCCCCCCUAGAUGGUGGGCCUUUUUUUUUAUGCGAACUACGGCGGACCCAUUGGGUCAGCCUGAACGAAAUGUUAGAAGGGCAACAUAACAGUUACAGGGAGGUUAUCUUGUAAACCGCGCUCCCACAGCGGCGUGACUUGCUGAUGGCAUUUUUGUUGGUCAUAGCCAUAGGCCACACUCGGCUGUUCGUAGCCCCAACCCUUAGUCCAUUUCUUUUGUCCUUAACACCUGGCUAAACUGGCUAAACAAUGUUGUUAAUGCUACAACUUACCAGUUUUAUCUAAGACAAACGAUGCCUAUUCUCAACAUCU